AUGUCCAAAAUUACAAAAGCCCCUCGUUACCAAUGCCGUACUUGCAAGGCAGAAUUACUUGUCAAUGGCGAAGUUUCCCAAACUGUCUCUCUUCCUGAUCAAAGCCAGUUUACAUCAGCAAUGAUUCCUAACUUGGCUUUUGGAGAAAACAUCAACACAAGCAGUAGUGAGGAUAUGGAUAUCAUUGACAGUACUGAAGAUGAUGAGUCCAUGAAUGUCAUUGACAAAAUUGAAGGCACCACACCCUCGCUAGUCUUUGAUUUUAGCCAGCCUCUUCCUGUUCCCAGCAACAAUGAUAAAAAGAAUCUCGCGUUCAUGCACCCACACCUUGGAAACAAGCUUCUUGAGUACUUCUCGCAUAUCAAAGCUGACAGAUACGAUAUUUGCAUAAGGGGUUGUACACAAUUCAACAAUGAGAAUGAUACCACAUGCGUAAAAUGCAGGGAAGCAAGAUACAAAAAUGACCAAACUAGCGAAAGUGACACCAGGGUUCCUGUGAGAUCGAUCGUACAGCUUCCUUUGGCCAGACAGCUUGCUUUGUGUUUGACUGACAACAAGAUCAGGACUGAAGUACUCUAUCAUCACAACUACCAGCCCAGCAAAGAUGGGCAGAAAGCAGAUGUUUUCGAUGGUCAUGCAUACCAAUUCAUGAAGCAUCUGUUUUCUGGUGAAAAUGAUAUUGCGAUUUUGUUGUCCACGGAUGGGUUCAACCCAUACAAUGUACCUGGAUCAGUAACCAUUGUUCAUGCAACUGUCUUGAACUUGAAUCCGAUGAUCCAUUAUGAGAAAAACAGGAUGAUCCAAAUAGCAAUGUUUCCUAGCUGCACUGGUCCCAGUGACAUCUGGUCCUUCCUUGAGCCAAUGCUGAGAGAUCUCUGUUUGCUCCAGACAGAAGGCAUGGAAGUAAAGACACCAGCAAUGAUGAUUAGGGCAAAGGUGUAUGUCCUCAUGGUCACUGGCAAUAUUCCGGCUUUGGCAAAGUAG